CCUCAGUGCAGGACACAGAGCAUUCUGGGUAGAGGUGAAAGGCCAGUCAGAAAGACACUUCCAAAACAAGCUGACUAAGGAAGAUGGGCACCAAGGGAAAAGUUAUUACAUGCAAGGCAGCCAUUGCCUGGGAAACAGGCAGUCCCCUUUGCAUUGAAGAAGUUGAAGUGUCUCCCCCUAGGGCUGGCGAAGUUCGAAUUCAGGUAAUCGCCAUGUGCGUGUGCCCAACUGACAUCAACGCUACCAACCCUAAGAAGAAAGCUCUCUUCCCAGUAGUCCUUGGCCAUGAGUGUGCAGGAAUUGUAGAAAGUGUUGGGCCAGGAGUGACCAACUUCAAACCAGGUGACAAAGUAAUUCCAUUCUUUGCACCGCAGUGUAAAAAGUGCAAGUUCUGUCUGAGUCCUCUUACAAACCUCUGUGGGAAAAUCCGGAACUUUAAAUACCCCAAUACUGAACAAGUGCUCAUGGAAGACAGAACAAGCAGAUUCACCUGCAAAGGAAAACCAAUUUACCAUUUCAUGGGAGUCAGUUCAUUCUCUCAGUACACUGUAGUUUCAGAAGCCAAUCUUGCCAGAGUUGAUGAUGACGCAAACUUGGAGAGAGUUUGUCUGAUUGGAUGUGGGUUCUCAUCAGGCUACGGGGCUGCCAUCAACACUGCCAAGGUCACCCCUGGCUCUACCUGUGCUGUCUUUGGCCUGGGCUGUGUAGGUCUUUCUGCAGUAGUUGGAUGUAAAAUGGCAGGUGCUUCCAGAAUCAUCGCUAUUGACAUCAACAGCGAGAAGUUUCCAAAAGCCAAGGCCCUGGGAGCCACUGACUGCCUUAAUCCCAAGGACCUAGAUAAACCCAUCCAGGAUGUCAUCACUGAACUGACCAACGGAGGUGUGGAUUUCUCCCUUGACUGUGCAGGAACAGCUCAGACCUUGAAAGCAGCGGUGGAGUGCACGAUAUUUGGCUGGGGAUCAUGUACUGUGGUUGGAGCAAAGGUUGAAGAAAUGAAUCUAUCCACUGUGGACUUUAUAAUGGGCCGUUCUAUAAAUGGAACGUUCUUUGGUGGUUGGAAAAGUGUAGAUUCUGUCCCAAACCUGGUUACUGACUACAAAAAUAAGAAAUUUGAUCUGGACAUACUGGUGACCCAUACCCUACCUUUUGACAAAAUCAAUGAGGCAAUUGACCUGAUGAACCAAGGAAAAAGCAUCCGAAUAAUCCUGACCUUUUGAAGAUGCAGCAGCAUCCAAAUAAUCCUGACCUUUUGAAGAUGCAGAAAUAAAUUAGAAUAUUAUCUGAUUGGAUAUGAGUCUGUCUGGUUGACUUACUACUUCACAGAUGAGCCAAAGAAAGCUAUGAGUUUAAGCACAAGUUUACACUUCACACCUCAACUUAAAUAAACUAUAAAUUGUAUAGCAAGUGCACCUAUAAAACAUAUUCAGAUUUCCUAUAUGAAAUAACUGAUGCUAGAUCUGUGGCUCAGAGGAACAUCCCUUGCUUAGCAUGUGCAAAGUCUUGAGUUCAAAGCCCAGAAAAAUAAAUGGAUGAGGAAUGAAUAAGAUACCUGGAUAAAUAGAAUCAUAUGUUAGGAAUUGUUUAAAACUAUUUCUCAGAAGUAGAGGUGGGAAAUAAAAAAUAAUAAUAAGAUUGGCUGUAUGUUUGUAACUUCUUAAGAUGAGGAUGAAUACAUGGAAUUUCAUUAUACUAUU